CACGUUCCACUCACUCUACCACUCAAUAAGUUAGAAUUCUGUUGUGUCCGUACCGUACACUGUCAAUAAACUGUCACAGCCAUUAGGCACGAUUGUUUAACUACAAUAAAUGUCGUUGAAAUGACGACUCGACUCAGGAUAUUUUAGAAAUUCUUACGCUUAAAUCUUCAAUUCACCUCAGUAACUCUGGAUAACCCUCGAGGACCCAUAAUCCAAGUGAGUGUUCAAUCAAUCUUCAGGAAUGUUUAUCACCUGAAAAUGUUCAAAACGAAGUGACCAGAGGGGUGGAAAAAUAUUUAUUGAUGCAGAUGAAGUUAGACCGAGGGUAACAAUGGCCCAGUCAUCGUCGAGCGGAACAUCCUCACGGAGAUAUGGAAAGGAUCAUGAAAGUUCAACAAACUCUCGUUUACCUUAUGCCGACAGUGAGUGGGAAACCAAAGAGGCCAUGCGACAACGUGAACUGGAGGAGGCACGAGCACGUGCAGCGCAGAUGGAGAAAACAAUGAAAUGGUGGUCGGACUGUACAGCGAACUGGCGUGAGAAGUGGAGCAAGGUUCGAAACGAGAGGAACAAAGCGCGAGAGGAGGCGAAGUUGCUUCGUACAAAAUUAGAAAUUGCAGUGAAGGACGCAAAUAGCUACAAACACGAGUCCCAAGACCUGGAAUUGCAAAAUGAGCAGCUGCGAAAGGAAAUGGAGAAAAUUCACAUGGUUCUGCUGAAGCAUGCAGGUCAGUUCGAUCGACAGAUUGUGAAUAUCCUUGAAGCAGACCCGCAGCUGCGUAAUUCUCUGGGGAUCGAUGACCUCGUUGAGCUCUACAACAACGUGGACAAGUCUCCAAAGAUCCAGUCACCGGUGCAAAUGAUUUCUCGGAGAAGUCCUCGAGAGGAGACUGAAGGAUGUUUGGACGCGAAAACUGAAGGGACGGACCGAGACAUCGAAGAAUAUGUCCUUCAGGGAGCAGUGCCCAAGCAUGCAGUUGAAUUAUACAAAGAGGGAUCCCUAGGGAGUCUCGAAAGGGACAUAACAAAGCUGAUGAAAGAGAGUAGCAGAUUAGAUUCAAAAAUGGAACGAUUAAAGUCCCCAACCAGUAGUGACCCUGAGGAAUCAGUCAAGAGACGAAUGGUGAUGCUGAAUCUUGAACUGGAAGAGACGACAAAGGCAAUUUCAGCUGAAAGGGACGAGAACACGUCUCUACAUCGAGCUGUGGAGAAGCUGAAGGCGGAAGUGGGACAACUCAGGGCUCGGUGUAAAGAACUGGAGGAUAGUCGAGCAGAGGCCGUUAGGGAGUUAACCGAAAUGAAGGAUCAGUACCAAAUUGAGAUUAUGGCAGCACAGGCUGACUUAUUGGACGAAGCCUCCAACAGAGAGGGCAUGGAUCAGAGGAUGAACGAGCUAAGGGCCGAGCUCGAACGACUUCAAGCAGAGAACGCCUCUGAAUGGGGGAAACGAGAGCGUUUGGAAACGGAGAAGUUGUCUCUUGAGAGGGAGAAUAAACAAUUGAGGAGUGAACUGAAGGAGUCGCAGGAGAGACUGGAGCCCAGGAGGUCGAGGAUCAGUUCGACUAUCGAUGCUGAUGUCAGACAGCUACAGCAGGACUUGGUGGACCUGAAACACGUCAAUUCGAAACUUAAGAAGGGACUUGCUGAGAAGACAACAGAGUUGACUCAUGCGUUGAGGAGAUCUGAACAGUAUGAGUCUGAAGUUAAGAGGGUGAGGUCUAGGGUAGAUGAACUUAAAAAAGAGCUAUCUAUAGCUCAGGAUGAGGUUGAUGCUGCUUCUGGUAGUGUUCGGAGACUGCAGAGAACUAAUGAGGAUCUCAUUGAACAGUUGGAGUCGGCUAAUGUUCAAAUUGAACAUUUUAAGAAUAGUUCUGAAUCAUGCGUUCCCCAUGGAAUGUCCGAAAUAGGCGAUAAAAGCCGAGAUGAUGAGAAUGACGAUUCAGUAACAGAUUAUGAACAAAGAGUUUCCCACAAGUACAACGAGGAUUAACCAUUCCCGAAUUAAGCGACAAAUGAAUAGUGUUAUUAGGUGUGAGUGAUAUUUUUUUUACGUUUUUAAAUUUUCAUUUUAGAUGUUUUUCCUCGUUUUUUCGCUCCGGAUGAACGAAUGUUUUCGUGACUUGUAUAUAAAAAAAUUGUACCUUAUCCAAGACUGAUGAGACGACGAAAAAGUGUAACGAAGGGUUAAUUUAAUGUGGUAAAUCCCAUCUGCUAAUUUACACAAAAUGGAGGAAAUAGACUCGAAAGAAGUGGAGUGACCCUCAGCCCUAGUCGCAUGUAAUCUCCAGAAAAUUAAAUCAGUGGAAUUCAACAGUUAAAAA